AUGGUCUUGCCGCUGACUAGACCAUCCUUUAUGGUUGGACUGUUUAAGGAUGGUCUAGUCAGCGGCAAGACCAUCAACAAAUGCAAUAUCUUCCUCGAGAAAGCACAAGCACUAGCAGCAGAAGCAUCCGCCUCUCAAGCCGCUGCUAAUGGCAACCAGCAACAACCUGUGGAAGUUGAACGACUCCUGCUCAAAUUUCGCCGGACAGUUUAUCCGGCUAGGGCUCCUCUCCGCAGUGCGCUUUACGUCGCUCAGAAGAAGAAGAAACUCAUUGACCUCUACGAGAAACUCUCUUGCGAAGCCUUCUCAAAUGAUCAUAUUGAUUCCGCUCUCUCCUCUCUAAGACUUACCAUUGCUGUUGCAGGAGGCUCUGUCAGUGUGAUAUCGACUUCAAGGAAAGAUAGGAACGAGUGUCCUGAAUCUCCUACAACAGGGGAAGAUUUGAGUGAGUCUGCUGAAUCUUCAAACAUUCCUACCACAGGUGAAGGUUUAGUUCCAGUGAAGGGAAAGCGAGAUGAAGAAGAGACUCUGGGUUCUUGUCAAUCAUCUCAACCUGAUUGGAUUCGUCAGUACAUGAGAAGACUUAAAGAGAUACUCAUAAAAUAA